UUCUCCUUGUUUUCUUUGGUAGGCCUUUGCACUGAAGCCGAGAGAAGAACCUCGUAACUGCACUGCAUGUCCUUUAACUCAGCUGAGACUUUGUUAGCAGCAAAGCACCCCUGCCCCAAGGAAGGACCUCCAACGCUGUCAAGCUCCGUGCCCCUCUGCCCCUCCCUGCUUUGAGUCAGGCGCUCAGCAGUAGCUUUAUUCCUGUCCUGUCCCAUCUGACCACUUCCCACCAUGUUUCAGCGUCUCACCAGUCUCUUCUUCAGCGACAGCAACACGCCAGAGGGCCUGGAGGAGCCCAAGCCCUUUGUCUCGGAGGAGGAGGAGGAGGAUGGAUGGCUUAUAAUUGAUCUUGGAGGCAGUGCUGCCCACCCCGGCACACAGCGGCGGGCCGGGGCCUGCGGGUGUUCGGUGAGGCCCUGCCUGGUGCCACCACCUGCCCUGGCCCACACCUGCAGCCCCGUGCCCGCCCUGCCUGGCCCCUGCUUGAUGGACGAGAGUUGGUUUGUCACCCCUCCCCCAUGUUUUACUGCAGAGGAGCCUGGCCCCGACGGUGUGGGCAGCAGCCCCAUGGAGGACCUGCUCAUCGAGCACCCCAGCAUGUCUGUCUAUGUCACCAGCACCCUCGAGUUGGACGCAGAGGAGCUGCAGGACUCUUUUGCUGGCCACCCCCCUCUUCCUUCCCCAUGCCCCUUCCUGGGGCCGCAGCCUCUCUGCAGUGUGAGGAGCUCUGCCUUCUCCCCUCUCCGCACAGCACCCAGGAAAGCCCUGACCCACCAAGAGGUGCCGGAGCCCCGGCUGGAGCGGCACACGCCGCACCACACUACGUCCCUGUCGGUGAAGGCUGCCAUCCUGGAGAAGGUCAGCCAGGCACGGCGGGUGCAGCGGGCUAAGCAGCUGGCAGAAAAGCCAUGGCUCAGCCAGAAGGCGCUGCAGCGGCAGGACCGGGCCCGACAGCGCCCAGCCCGCCGGGCCCGACAGCGUACAGGGAGCUUCCUCCACCAGCCCUGCCAGCGCCACUGCAACUACUGACCUCACCAGCAGCGGCCCCGCCGCCAUGGCACCUCCCGGCGGGGCGCGGCCUCCCUUCAACACCAGCCCCAGUGCCACCACUCCACCUCCCCGUACAUCUCACAUCUCCAGGCCCAUGCUGGCAUUGCCUCAUGCAGCACGGGCCAGGAGAGUGAUGCCGUCCUCUGCCCUGUGCCCAUCCGUCCACCAGCGUCUGCGCGGGGCAGUGGUGCUCCCUGUGAAAUCGCCCAUUUCCAAAAUUCAUGGAGAAGCCUGUUCUUUUGUGUCCUGAAGAGCCUGUGACAUCAGUGCCUUUCUUUACAACAUCAUACUCCUCCACGUAAACAGACUGUGAUGUCACAAGCGGAUACCAAGUGGAAGUGCAAAGAGGAACAAAGCAACAAGAUUUGGUAUUUUUAGGAAAAUAUCAUCAACGACACUAAAUAAUGCUUCCUUCCCCAUACCUCCACCCCUCCUGGUGUCUCAGACCAGAGCAGAGAUAGGACCCUGCUGUCGCCGCACACUGGUGACAUUGCUGCUAGGGCCUGAUCUUGUCCCUUCUCAGCGUGGCAGCACAGCACAGCACUGCCCUGCUACAGCCCCAGGCCUGGCAGUGCCUGUGAUGCUAUCAGCAGGUGGCCUUGGUGGCUCCAACACAGGUAAAACCAGCAAAUCUCAUCCCAGCCAAUACUUCUUAAUUGUAAUUUUACCACAAUAAUACAGAAACCCCACUGCCAUUCCCAAAAGAAAGCCAGGCAGGUCUCGGUGUUUUGUGUUUUUAAAGACAACAUUACAAGAAAUCUCAGGAAACAAAGCACUGACCCAGGAGCUGUUUGAGCACCACUGAGAAGAGCAUGGUCUGCAGGGAACUGGUGUCAGCGUGGGGUCGUUGGUGGGGACCACAACCUCCAGCAAGUGUUGGUCCCACCAAGCUGCUGGCCACAAGCAAGCCUCAAGGUUGUGUGCUCCUCCUGGAGCCACUCACCUGUGCUGGCUGUACCCACAUAACACAUUUAGACAUACAUACGGACGUGUACGUGUCUGUAUGUUUAUGUGCACUUGGAUGAGGCACUGUUUGAGCCAAGGAACAUUGCCUGCCCUGCAUCACUCCCUGGAGGAGAGCAGAGAAGGGGACUUGCGCAGCCUCCCUGAGGUGGUGGAAGCACGUUGGAACUAGUGGUGAGAGGAUGUGAAAUGAGAGCGGUGAGGAGCUCGGGUGUGAGGAAGAGGCCAGGGGAAGAGGCUGAACUGAGGGUGAGGAUGGAAAUGGAGUGGUUGUGAUGCACAAGCCCAUACAGAGCUGGUACCAUGGCCCUGGCUGCGGUGGGAGCAAGACCAGGGCUGGCACUGCCACUGGACUGCAGUCACGCAGGGAACUCCCCAUCUGGCCCCACCAACAGUCCCAUAUUUUACACAACGGGCCAAAUUCAGUUGUGGGCAAUGCUGAUUUUUAAUGCUGCUGCACCCAGGCUGCUCCAGGGAGCAAGCACCCCACUGGAGAGUCUGCCCUUCAGCAUUGUUAACACCCAUAACAUCAGUGGUUUUAAGUCACUGUGGUAGGUCCAACCUUGGACUGUUGAUUUUUUAUUAUUAUUAUUAUUUCUAAUGAGAGGAAAAAAACACCCACAAGCCCUUCUGUAACUACUAGCCUCCUGGAUCUGUGACUGAGAAACCUGGACCUCCUGGGAAGUCGCUGAUAUUGUUUGCCUGCAGAGUGUAUCUUUAGCACUGACACAGCGUUCCCAAAAGCAUAGAAAGAAUGAAAAUUUAUUUCAAAUACCUAUUUUAAACCACAUGCCAGAGCCUCUCAGUUUCAAUUCUUCCAGGCCAGUUUCUUGUUCAAGUCCUGCUGGGCUGGUGUAGAGGCCUACAGUGCUCAUCAUGUGCGCACGGCACCGGCUGCCAUGCUGCCGAAAAAGGCGCAGGCAGCGACAGCGGCCAACAAGCCCUGUGCCAGGCACAAUGCCAGCCAUAUCCUGCACCUGCAGCCAGUACCUGCUCCAGGACUGGCACCUGCACCACACUCCCAUUUCUAACAGAAACCCCCAUUUCAAAUUCUGCUUUCUAAUUUCAAUAAAAGGCACAGUAAAAGCUUCCCAGGCAGAAAAUGGGCUGUUCUGUUCCACUGCUUUUUCAGCCUUUCUCAUAAAUCCGGAGGUAGCAGAGCUUAUUUUCACAGCUGAGAUGAACAAGCUGGGGAGCCCGGUGCUCCCUCAGGCCUUCCACACACCCCCUGCCUCUCUCUGGGCACCAUUGCAGCAGAGCCGUGAGGCUGCGCUGAGCACACCAUCGCCUGGCAGACAGGAUGCACAAUUUAAUUUCUCCACCACGGACUGAUGACUCCUUGACUCGAGGGGAAAGUUUACAUACUUUGGCUUCCUUGGCUUUACAUUAAAUGCCUUCUUAUUUCUAAAGUGAUCCCUGAGAUAAACUGGGAGCAUUGCAAACAAACGCUGCCACAAGUGCUGCUGAAGGCAAAAGGGGAUGUUCUCAGCACUCAGGUGCCUCUGCCCGGAAGGUUCAGAGUGGCAAAGGAGGGCUGGGGCUGAAUCCUGGAGCCGCACCCCUUGUCUCUCUCUUUCCCACAGCUCUGCACUGUGUCCUCUGUGGCCACCAGGCUGUUCCCUACCCAGGCAAUGCCUUCAGAGGAAGAAUUUUCUCUCUAGCCCAAAUGUACAUCAAGAAGUGGACAACCGUAGCAAUUUCUGCCUCCCAGCUCAUAUUAACCUGCUGCAAGUUCUGCACAUCUGAGAUGCUGCUGCAGAGAGCUCCUGAAACCAGGGCUGGCUGCAACACCUUUGACCCUUCCACAGCUGAGAGAUGCAAAUGUGCUGGGGCCACCACCCCGGGUGGUGAAUCACCCCAGGUGCUCACAAGCAUUGCUCCAGUAAGAGAGCCCUGUGCUCAUCCUCGGCCACCUGCUUGUGCAGCCUCUAGCAAAGCCCCCAUUGGCUCAGCAGUGCUGGCUGUGCCCUGCUAGUGCCCAUCAUCUGUUUCAAAUAGCUAAUGCUGUUACUAUGUCUUAUUUUGGGGAAGUGACUCUAAAAUAUUUUGGUUUCCUUUAAUCUUUCUGUGCCAGUCUGAGACAUCUGUCAUCAUGCUACUCCCAGCCAACACUGGAAAAAAAAAAAAAAAAAAAAAAAAAAAAGCAGAACUAUUAUCACAGUUGAUAUCAAGAGUAUCUUU